GAGGACGGAGAUCGCGAGGGCGGAGCACGGAGCGGGCAUGGACGCGGAGUACCCAGCCUUCGAGCCUCCGCUCUGCAGUGGCCUCAAGCAGCUGUGCCGGCGGCUGCAGGAGGCUUACCGCGAGCUCAGGGAGGACCUCGCGCCAUUCAAGGAUGACCGCUACUACAGGCUGGCGCCCAUGCGGCUCUACACACUCUCCAAGCGCCACUUUGUCCUCAUGUUUGUCGUCUUCUUCAUCUGUUUUGGACUGACCGUCUUUGUUGGGAUUGAGGGACCUAAAGUGAUCCAGACUUCCACGGCUAACUACUCACUAAAUAGUAGCAGAAAGCUAAAGCAAAUUCAAAUACGUUCAAACCCACUGUCUACAUAUAACCAGCAGCUAUGGCUGACGUGUGUUGUGGAGCUGGAGCCCUCGGAAGAAAUAUCUAUCCAGACCAGCUUUUCCAUGACUGUGAAAGUCGAUGGUGUGGCGCAAGAUGGAACCACGAUGUACAUUCAUAACAAGGUUCACAAUCGGACAAGGACCCUCACGUGUGCGGGGAAAUGUGCAGAGAUCAUUGUGGCCCACCUCGGCUACCUGAACUACACACAGUACACAGUGACCGUGGGAUUUGAGCGCCUGAACCAACCGGUCAAGGAGAUGAAGUUCACGUGGAAGACAUACAACCCUGCCUUUUCCCAGCUGGAGAUUUGGCUCCGCUUUGUGUUUGUGGUGCUCACCUUCAUUGUCAUCUGCCUGUUCGUGCAUUCCCUGCGAAAGUUCUCCAUGAGAGACUGGGGCAUCGAGCAGAAGUGGAUGGCCAUUCUCCUGGCGCUGCUGCUGCUCUACAACGAUCCAUUCUUCCCGCUUUCCUUCCUGGUGAACAGCUGGUUCCCGGGGAUGCUGGAUGACUUCUUCCAGUCCCUGUUCCUGUGUGCCCUGCUGCUCUUCUGGCUGUGCGUGUAUCAUGGGAUACGGGUCCAGGGAGAAAGAAAAUGCUUAACUUUCUAUUUGCCUAAAUUCUUCAUCGUUGGACUGCUGUGGCUGGCUUCUGUCACGCUGGGAAUAUGGCAGACAGUUAAUGAAUUACAUGAUCCCAUGUACCAGUAUCGGGUUGACACCGGGAACUUUCAGGGCAUGAAGGUCUUCUUCAUGGUGGUGGCCGCUGUGUACAUUUUAUAUCUCCUGUUCUUGGUAGUGCGGGCAUGCUCCGAGCUCCGUCACAUGCCUUAUGUGGAUCUCAGGUUAAAGUUUCUGACCGCAUUGACCUUUGUAGUACUUGUUAUUAGCAUCGUCAUCCUCUAUCUAAGGUUUGGAGCGCAAGUGUUGCAAGACAACUUUGUAGCGGAACUGUCCGCUCACUACCAGAACUCAGCUGAGUUCCUGUCUUUCUAUGGCCUGUUGAACUUUUACCUCUACACGCUGGCCUUUGUGUAUUCCCCGUCGAAGAAUGCUCUGUACGAGUCCCAGCUAAAAGACAACCCCGCAUUUUCCAUGCUGAACGACUCUGACGACGAUGUGAUUUACGGGAGUGACUAUGAAGAAAUGCCCCUGCAGAACGGGCAGGCCAUCCGUGCCAAGUACAAGGAAGAGUCGGACAGUGACUGAGCCCUGGCAGCAGAUGGGACAGCGAGGGGCCCAGAGGCCCUCCUUGGUGAUGUGCUCUGGUCCUUUCUUCUGUGUGUGUGUGUCUGGACUCCUCCUGUAAGCAAAGGUUCCCUGUUCCUUAUUUGUUUACAUAUUUUUAAAAGAAAAACCAAAUGGAUUGAAAUGUUGGGCGAGUUUGCUGUCAGCAUAGCUCCACUACGGAAGAAGAGGGGCUGGCUGGCAGAGUUCUGAGGCAUCUCCUCUCACUGAGAUGCCAGACAGAGCCUAUUUGCAAUGAUGAGGAGAAAUUGCCCAUUUUUAAUAAAAAGAAUUAUGUACAUUUUUUUCCUUUGAAGAAGCAAUUGAGAGCAAUUGAGUCUGUGGGAAGCCUGAUGACCAAGGUCCCAGCAUGGCAAUGUGAUGCCUCUUCCCUCUGUUCCACGGCACCACUCCUCAGAGCUCUACCCUCAGAGGGAAGCCUGACCGGUGCCUGCCUAGGUGGACCGCCUCCAUCUUCUCAGACACUGGAAUGCUCAGUGCGCUGACUUCCAAGCAUCUGGUACAAUGGCUCCGACUGCCUUCAGCAAAGGCUUGUGGCCAGGCUGAGGUCCAGCACUACCUGGGAGCAGAAGUGGUGACAAAGUUGAGUCCAAAGGAGGUCAACAGCCUGGGGAAAGCUAAGGUGUUGACAAGCCUGUGGGUGAGGUUCUAUGCCAUGGUGCUUUUGAAGGGUCUAUGUUCAGGGUGGGAAACAGGGUGGCCCUUCCCAUUCCCAGAGUUUCUGCAACUCCACUGAGUGUGAAACCCCCAAAGAGCUCUAUUUUUUGAUGAAAGUUAGAAUAAAUACUACUAUAUUAGAAAUGCUUUAUUGCCAGAAGAUUUUCAGUUUUAAUAUUUGGAACUAAAAUAAAGAUAAAGUAAAACAUUUUGAAUGCCUUUCGAGACACCUUCAGAUUAAGGAAUUUGCCUGAAGGUUGUUCUGUCCUUGGAGUAUUGCUCUGUGGGAAUCGGCUGUCGCCUGCACUGGUGAGAUUCAGCAUUGGAAGUCCUGAGUGCUGCUGCCUUCCGUCACACUCCAGAGUCUCCACACGAGUAGUGUCUCUGUGAACCCCUGGUGAUGGUAGCCAUCUGCCUGCCUCCGUUUUGGCAAAUCCAGAGGCCCAAGAACGGGUGGAUCCCUCUUCCGGCAACACCUCAAUACCUUCAUCUAUGCACCCACUCAGAUUUCCACCCUGAGCUGCAGGCUACUGCCCAGGUGGGCCAGGACCCCAGGGACGGCCGGAGACUCUUCACUCUGCCCGCCUGUCUUCUUAAACGCUACAUACUUUAAAAUGGAUUCCAUAUGCAUUGUUUAAAAAAAAAAAAAAAGCUUGUAAAUAUGAACAUUUGAAUGAAAACUGUUGUUGCAAGGGUGACGGGUUUACGUGAUUUUUACACUUGCAGUGCUGUGAUCACCGAGUCUGUGCUCACAGACAUCGGAAGGUUCUGUUACCAGCACUUCUAACGGAUCACUGCAGCUGCCAUCUUGCGGACACUGGCUUCUGCCGAUUCCAAGAAGUUCACUAGUUUACAUGUUUAAUCAUUACAAGACGUUCUCCAUGUUUUAGAACACUAUUAUUUAUCAGCCAUUGUUAAGAUAUUUUAAGAAUUUAGAUACAGACUUCAGAACUUUUAAAAACCAACAUGUAGUGUAAUUAUAAACUGAUUCUAGUGUCCCUGAAACUAAAGGGAAUUUUUGUUGUUGUUGGAAAUAGGAAUUGCGAAGAAGCACUUAAGGGGACGCGGUCAUUAAAUUGUGUUUUCACAUUUCCCUUUGUCAUGACCAUCAUGUAUUUAUUAUAUGCUGUGUAAAACCUUGCUUACGGAUCUAGAGACUUCGGGGGUAGAAGGAGGCUGUAGGUAUUAGGUUAAAACACUAAAUUCCACCAGAAAUUUUGAUAGCAAUGAGAUUGUUUUACUCUGAGGUAAUUAAAGUUUCAUAAACUUAAGUUUAUAUUCAAAGAGCUGACGAGUUCUUUCGGGGUAAUGGUAUGAAUACCGUCUUUGGGAUAUUUUUUAUAUUGGUCCAAUCUAGGGGAACCUGGAAGAUGAGAUGUCUCCUGACUUUCCCAGAGAGAGCUCUGUUCUCCCUCUGGAUAUUAAGUCUGCUUCAUUUGUUGUCAGAUCACUGUAGCAGUAAUUCGGUGCCUUCAAGCCCCAUUUGAAAGGCUAGAGAAAGGGAUACAUAAGUGACGGGUGAGGCUCACAAGGUUUCCACAGGUGCAGACUGGAGAGUUUAAAUAUGUAAAGCCAACCCACAGAUGGGCAGUUUAUAAAAUGGAUGUCACCAGCCUCAAGUGCAGAGCCACUGAAGACAGUUAAAUAAACAGGCUCAAAUAUGGUUACUAGUCCUUACAGGAAAAACACAAGCAUCCAUGAGAAACAAACCUGAGAUCUGGUGUGGAUUAGAUUUGAGGGUUUAGAAAUCCAUUGCCUUAGUAGUUAGAUUUUUUUUCUCUCUCUUUUCUAGGGAAGGGAGUAUACAACUCUUCUUUUCAGGCCAAAGGGAAACUGAUUUAGUCUGACACCUUGAACAGUUUGUCUUGGUGUUUUGGGUGCUGCUAGGUGUAACACCACGCUGCGACACAUCCUGGAGCACAGGGCAGGUGUGACUCCAUUCUGUGACGCAGGAUUUUUCUGCUACCAAAAACUACCUUUUCCAAAUGGCUAUAAAUAUUUGUCAAAUAAAAACACUAGCCUCUAAGUCCAGAAGAAACACUGGAACUAUGGAUGAAGCCUGGGUGAUCCCUCAAGGAGUAAAUGCUGAUUGAUAGAAAACUCAAUAAAAUUCACGUUUUGGGAAUGGC